UCACAAAAAAAAAAAAAGUUGAACAUUUUACACUCUUACUAAAAGUAAUUUGAUCAUUUCUUUUUAUUCUUUGAAUGAUCUUCCUUUGAAUUUAGAAUCCUUCUUUGUUCUAAGUUUCUUGGUCUUUGCUUUUCUUUGUUUUUUUCUUUUGUGUGUGUCUGUUUUUAUGUUUUUAGUUUGUUUAUAAUUUGUUUGACUAUGAUUUUUUCAACGCUUGGACUAGUAAUCCAAAUGGGCUAUGUGCCUAAGCCUAAAGUUUGAAGCUUUUAUAAAAAUUGGGUGAUAUAUAGCAAGUUGGGUUUUCCCGAUUUCGACUGCCAAAAAUAUUUGAAUGGGCUUUGUUUAUUAUUGUUGGAAAGUCAGGAUUGGACUCUAAAAAGAGUUGAAUUUGUCUUUCAUUUCAAUUGAAUUUGGCUGAAAUUUCAAAUCAGUUUUAUGAUUUUAUAUCCUUUUCAAGUUUGGUGGUUUCCAAAGUACGACCGUUUUGGAUUGCGGCUGCCUGCUUGAUGAUGACUAUUUAAUUCAACUUGGUUAAUUCUGUGUGCAUCUUGCAGUGAUUGAAACAUUUCUAGUUUUACUAAGCUAAUAGGAUUGUUAAUUUGCAUCAGACAUGGUUGUGUGUUUCUCUUAGUGAUAUAGAUAUAGUAUAGAUAGAAGUUUUGAAGAUCUAGCUAGUGGAAGUGAAAUGGAGCAAAAGGGGCAAGAGAACUGGAGAGAAAUGGUGAAAAAGAUGCUCCCACCUGGAGCUUCUCUCCCUGAAGAUGCCACUAAUCUUGAUUACUCUAUUGCUAUGGAGUACGAGGGCCCGCCUGUUUCUUAUGAAGUCCCCAGGGUGGAACCCCUUGAUGUAAAUUCGCGUGCAAUCCCAACUGCAGAACCGUUAUCUUCUGAAUCACAAAUCCAUAUCAAUAUGGGUCCUCCAGUAUCAAUCCCUCUGCCGGUGUCUUGUUUUGCUGGUGUCACCACGAGUUCACCAACUCAAAGUGCGAGGGUGUCAGGUAGUUCUGAGUCUGUAGUGUCUGUCUUGCAAAACCCUGAUUUUUCUUCAGCCUCUCCUUCAGCUUCUCCCGGUUCGGUUAAUAACCCUCCUAGAAAGGUGGUUGUUAAUGAAGUAAGGAGAGCACCUGUAGUCACUUUUAAUACUGUUGAUAGAUCUGAGAGGAAAGAGGCUGACGUGGAGAAGCCAGAUUUCAUGGAAUAUGUUGGGGUUUCAAAGGAAAAGAAGAAAAACAGAAGCAGAGUUUGUUAUAGAUGCAGAAAAGGAAAGUGGGAAACGAAGGAGUCCUGCCUAGUAUGUGAUGCUAAGUAUUGCAGCAAUUGUGUGCUUAGGGCAAUGGGUUCAAUGCCUGAAGGGCGCAAGUGUGUAACUUGCAUUCAUCAGCCUAUUGAUGAAUCCAAGCGUUUGAAACUGGGUAAACAUUCAAGGGUAUUAUCUCGAUUACUCAGUCCUUUGGAAGUCAAGCAGAUUAUGAAGGCAGAGAAAGAAUGUUCUGCUAAUCAGCUUCGACCAGAACAGCUAAUUGUCAAUGGAUUCCCUCUAAAGCCAGAAGAGAUGGCAGAAUUACUUGGAUGUCCUUUGCCUCCUCGAAAGUUGAAGCCUGGUAGAUAUUGGUAUGACAAGGAAUCUGGUCUAUGGGGAAAGGAGGGAGAAAAACCAGAUAGAAUCAUAAGUUCAAACUUAAAUUUCACUGGAAAACUAACCCCUGAUGCAAGCAAUGGGAAUACUGAAGUUUACAUCAAUGGCCGAGAAAUUACAAAGCUUGAAUUGAGGGUACUACGGGUAAGCCCUUUGGCUUAUUAACUGGAUAUGUGUAUUAUUUCUUUUGUUA